GCGAGUGGUGCGGGCUGACGGUGCACGCCACCUGUACCGACAAAGUCACGCCCGCCUGCAACUUCGGCAUGUUCGAGCACAUCCUCCUGCCUCCUGCCUCAGUGAGCAUUCCACGGACGGAGGUGCCCAUGGAGGCCAUCAUUGGACUGCAGAUGAGGCGCAAGGAUGCACUCUCACCAAGAAGCACUUCAGAGGACUUCAGCUGCGGCGACUGCAAAAGAGAAUCGUCUGAAGGCCCGCCUGCUAAAGAAAAAAAUAAAGACAAGGAAGAGAGAGAAGAAGUGGUGAAGGUGUUUGACGGCAACAGUUCGUUAAGGCGACGCAUGUUCCGCACCAUCAACAUAUCGCGGACCGCAACAACCGCAGAGUUCCUGACAAUGGCCCUGCGCGCCUUCCACAUACCAAGAGAGAGCCGCGACUGCUACCUGAGCGACGCCUACAGCGCCGAGGAGGUCGAGAUACAAGAUCCGCUGCCCAUCGCCAAACUCACGCGAAGAGAUGGCAAGCGACCUGCUGUUUUCCUCCGCUUUAGAGAAAAAGAUAAUCCGAGUGGCAAGAUCCACGUGUACCCCGGGAAGCUGGGCGCCACGGCCACGUCAGACCUGACGGUGCUGAGCGUCACGUCCGAGACGACGGUGGACGACGUCAUCAAACAGUCGCUCGAACGCUUCGGUUUGCCCGACGCCAAGCCUGAAGACUACAGCCUCAUGGAGGUCAUCCUCGAUAAGGGAGUGUCAGAGCGACAUAUGGACCCUGGAGAGCAGCCGUGGGAGUUGCUCAAGGCCGUGGGGCGGGACAGCAUCAGGCAGAUGGAGAUGACGCGCUUCUACCUCCAGCAGAAGAAGGACCCGCACGGCUCCAGCGUCGCGCUCUUCGUCGGCAACCUGCCACCCAACCUCUCGCAGCGACAAUACGAGAUCAUCCUCAUGGACUUCCUCGCUCCAAUUGCGAAGUUUGAGAGCAUUGGGCCGAUCUACUACGAGUACGGCUCCAUGGUGAUCACUUACAUGGACUCUGAGGUGGCCGUGCGAGCUUUCUACACGCUCCGGGAGUCCAGCUAUGAAGAUAAGACGCUACUUGUGAUGAUGCUGCCCAACAUACAACCCCAGCUUGUGCCUGAAGGAGUCCAGCCUCUCCUGGUCUUCGUGAACGUCAAGUCAGGAGGAUGUCAGGGACUUGAGUUGGUCUCCUCCUUCAGGAAGCUCCUGAACCCUUACCAAGUCUUCGACCUCGAGAACGGCGGGCCGCUGCCUGGACUGUACGUGUUCCGACACGUGCCCCGCUAUAAAAUCCUGGUCUGCGGGGGUGACGGCACCAUCGGCUGGGUGCUGCAGUGCCUCGACAACGUCGGCCAGGACUCAGAGUGCGAGAGUCCUGCUUGCGCCAUCGUGCCCCUGGGCACGGGCAACGAUCUGGCCCGGGUGUUGAGGUGGGGUCCUGGGUACACUGGGGGAGAAGAUCCCAUCAACUUACUCAAGGACGUCAUUGAUGCUGAAGAGAUCCGUCUGGACCGAUGGACGGUUGUGUUCCACAUCGAUGAGAAGUCCGACGACAAGCAGCCCGUCACAAACGCUAGUGGAGCUGGUGGGGCAACAAGCGAAGACAAUACGCAGAUAUUUGUGAUGAAUAACUACUUUGGAAUUGGAAUUGAAGCUGAGUUGUGUCUUGACUUCCACAACGCACGUGAAGAAAACCCCAAUAAAUUUAAUAGCAGACUGCACAACAAAGGCGUCUAUGUCAAGAUGGGUCUCCGUAAGAUGGUGUCUCGCAAGUUAUGCAAGGACCUUCACCGGCUCAUCCGUCUUGAGGUGGACGGCAAGCUUGUAGAGCUGCCUCCUCUCGAAGGCAUCAUUAUUCUUAACAUAUUAUCGUGGGGCUCCGGAGCCAACCCAUGGGGACCUGAAAAAGAAGACCACUUCAAUAAGCCUAAUCACUGGGACGGCGCCCUCGAGGUCGUCGGCGUCAGCGGGGUCGUUCAUCUUGGGCAGAUCCAGAGCGGUUUCCGGUCAGCAAUGCGUAUUGCUCAGGGAGGUCACAUUCGCAUCAAACUCAACUCCGAGAUCCCGGUGCAGGUGGACGGCGAGCCCUGGAUCCAGAACAGCGGCGAGGUCGUCGUCCUUAAGUCCGCCCUUAAGGCGACCAUGUUGAAGAAGACGUCCAAGUCGCGUCUUCAGCGCCGCAACACCGAGCCUUCCGUCGUCGUCAACGCCUCCCACCUGCAAGUGCACGGCAAGGAUCAGAUACGCCCUGACCCUGCCUCCACCACACAGUUCUGAGACCCUGCCUCCACCACACAGUUCUGAGACCACCACUCUUUUAACCACUUCGGACCGUAUUGUUCACCAAGUAUUAUCCAAGGUACAUUUCGUCGAAACGUUAACGAUAAUUAAAAACUCGUCGGUAAAAUACUUGGGUUGCUUGCAACUUCAUGUGGAAAACUUUGAAGACACGGAACAGCAUGAACUCUACAUUGAGGUAAUUUUAGCUAACAUUAUCCUAAGAAAUCGUCCAACAUGCACAUGAAUUAAAUUUUCAUUAAUUGUUUCCACAAUUAACAGUGAUCAAUGAAACGACAAUGAGCAUUAAAACGUUUUUCGACUAGUUUAUUUUCACUCUGAAACUUGAGUGCCACAAAGGCUUGCUUCCUGCACGAAGCCUGACCACGCCACACCUCCCUAGCUCUACCGCCCAGAACUGUACACUGGGCAACAUGGGCUCAUCAGCAACCAUCAACCAGCAACCAUCAACACGACAUCCUCUGCAAUUCCCGAUACAAUAAAUUCUUCGUCCCUCCAGUUAGCCAUUGAUUGAAAACUCUGUGCAUAGUUGAUUCAGGUAACAAUUACCGAUGAUGUGAUCACAGUAAGUUGAAAAGUAAAGCCAAAUCUUGUGACCAGCACCGGUCAUACAAGCAGUCUGUACAAGCACAGAACGACUUAGCGCAGGCGCGACUUCAGUGCCCUCACCUCAUCACGAGUCGCUCGAUGCGAUGAAUUGAAGUAGUCACGAACUUUUUCAGCACGUGUCUGUUACCCGACUUUCUUUAAUGCGAGACCGUGAGAACCGUGUAUGACAUGAAGUGUGCAUGGACUGUUUUAAUUAUUGGAAGAAAUUUAAAGUCCAACAGUCAAUUAUGGAAGCAAUUGGCCACCAUUCAAGUAUUGACGACCUUGCCUCCUAUGACGAGCAUAUACUGCGUUUGGUACAGGAGCUUUUAGCUAAAAAAUACGAUUUUUCAGUGUUUCUUCAUUGUGUGUAAACUGCAUAUUAUUAGUGAAUUUGAAUUCAAAACUCAUGCUUGUGAAUGAUUUAAGCAUUGGAAUUCUAUGCAUGGUUGUGCUGCUACACAGCCCAUCUACCUCGCACCGGUUCCAGAGUUUCCGUGGCACUUACAAGUGGUGUCCUAUUCCGUAUCUCUUAUGGAGAACCAAUGACUCAACUUAUUUUUCUAAAGCAGACGCAUAUUUCUUUCUAAUAUGAGGAUGCAAUCGAGCCAAAACUGGGUGGAAAUUAGUUCCAUAACGCGAUGAUGCGUGAAAGGCUUUUCCGAGCUACAAAGUAUGACGAAAAUGGAAUGCUUAAUUUCUUGAACAGUUUUAAUUUCAAUCGUGCUAUUUUCCCUCUGACAUGUCAGUGCCAAUCUAUGGUUUUAACAAUUUUUCUUUGCAUUAAAUAAUAGACCAUUGUUGUAUUCAUACCCACAUAAUGUUUUCGAAAACAUAUAAAUAAAGGAUGAGAGUGUUUGACCAUAAAUUCUUUUUUGUUGCGAGACCUAAAGUGUUGGGUAGAUGUAAAUGUAUGAUGAAAACCCAGGCAUACGUUCUUGCUCCAAAAAAAUUGGACUAAGCUAACUGCAGUGUUCCUGCCUAUCACAAAUGCUUCUAAAUAAAAUCGAAGCCUCAAAUUUCACUUCGUCCUCUCAAUUGUCAUGGGCUCAAGUGGCGAAUCGUAUGCUCUGAUGAGUACUAGAACUAUCUUUACCUACCCUAAUAAUGUAUUAUUAUUUCAUUUACCUAUUGUAUGCUCCCAACAGCAAGCUCCACCAUAGGUCGGUCUUCGACGACCACGGCGCAUUCAAGUGUGGUGAGGAAGUAUUUUCCUCGCGUGCUAAAUGUUUAAUUUAUAAUUUCAUCUGCAUAUAUACGCGUUCAGUCUGUAUGUCGGUUCAAUAGUUAUAACAGAACCCGGGAGCUACGAAAGACCGACAUUUGUUUGCAUCAUCUGGAGUGUUGCUGCAGGAUCAGCCUUCGAAUGCUUGUCGUAAGCUAAGGCUGUAAUACUUGCCAUGUAUCUGUGGCCUGCAGCAAGGCUAUGCAGUAUCAAGCUCGUGUACCAGAAGCAACAGAGGCGUAAGGUUUCCGAAGUUCAUCAAUAAAUUAUUUUAACAAGAUUCGAACUUCGUUUUUCAGCUAUGCUAUGUAUUAUCGUAAAUUAUUAUGAUAAAUAAAUAUAUAUUUAUGGAGUAUUUCGAUA